AUGGGGGUCACUUCUUGUAACUCGACCCUGCAGAUGGUCAUUUCUCUUCUUUUUUGGCAAAUGUUAUGGGUCCUUCAACUAUUAUUAGUGGCUGCUGUAGUAGAAGACUCAAAUACUGAAACUCUCCUGAAACAGCUAUUCAAUACGACUUAUGAUGUUGAUAUGAAGCCAUCAGAUGAUCUGACGGUGGUCACGAUCACUCCUAACACUUUUAUAUUACUUUCCAUGGAUCAGACACAAGAAACGAUUCAAUAUUCUGAAGAAUUUCUACUGAAAUGGUUUGACCCGAUUCUCUACUGGAAUAAAUCAGAAGUGGCAUAUGAUAAAGAUUGGGUUAAAAUUGAAGCUAGUAAAGCAUGGAUUCCAGAUGUAAUUAUAACAAAUGCCAUAUCCAUUGACGAACUGCUUGAUAAAGAUCUGCAAAUGGCUGAUUUGCACUACGAUGGAAUAAUCAGAACGAGUCUUCCUGCUGUUGUUAGCUCACCGUGUCCACUGAAAAUCGAAAACUUCCCAUACGAUGUUCAGAAAUGCAAUAUCUCAAUGGGAUCGUGGAGUUUUGACAGAGAUUUCGUUGCUGUCAAUUCAUCUGUAGAGACAUUAUGGCCACAGAAAGGAAGGAUUGAGGUAGAAUUAUGUUUGAACAUGUUUGCUGCUAUUUCUAUGAUGCUCCAACUUGUGUCCGAUAUGAUGCCAAAAGCAUCUCGUCUUCCUCUUUUAGGCAAUUACAUCAUCGCGGAAGUGUUCGUCGUAACCGCAGCAACCAUUGCUGCUAUUGUCAUUCAGCAGGUCCACCACCACGUGCACACAAGUGCUAUACGACCUCCGAAUUGGUUGCGUUGCCUAGUGUUGUGUGAUUGCAAACAAAGACUUGACUCGGUCUCUGAAGCGAGCACCACAAGCAGUGUGGAGGUUCCAGAGCAGACGAUUCAAUCAUUCACUAUUCUGAAGACCUCUCUUCACCAAACCGCAAUCCUAGUUCGUGACACUCUACAACGGAUGUCAUCUGUCAGCGAAAACCAACUGUUGUGGCUGAAAAUUCUCGACAAAACCGACUUAUUGUGUCUUGUUCUUUUUCAAAUCGCAAAUAUUGUAGUCACUGUUGUCUUUUGGAGAUAA